UCUACAUAACCCGGAUGAGGCUGAGCUUCCGGGGUCUGUAGUAAGAGCAGGAUCAGCUGAACUACAGAAGAAAUGAAAAAUAUUCUCCUGAAAUUCAUAUUUAACUAAGAGGAAUGUCAAACUGCUGAAAGAGGUGAAGCAGAAGCCGUCCUGAAGUAUCUCCAGAACACGCAGAAAUUGUUUGAUACAUUUAACAGACAAAUGAAGUCAAGUCCUGACAUGGAGAAACAUCAGCACUCUGUAAAGAGUUUUACUAAACAGAGUAAUCUCAAAAACCACCAGCACAUUCACACAGGAGAGAAACCGUAUCACUGCUCAGACUGUGGGAAGAGAUUUACUAAACAGAGGCAUCUCAAACUGCAUCAGCGCAUUCACACAGGAGAGAAACCGUUUCACUGCUCAGACUGUGGGAAGAAUUUUACUAAACAGAGUAAUCUCAAUCAACACCAGCGCAUUCACACAGGAGAGAAACCGUAUUACUGCUCAGACUGUGGGAAGAGUUUUAAUCAAGAGGGUCAUCUCAAAAAACACCAGCGCAUUCACACAGGAGAGAAACCGUAUCACUGCUCCGAUUGUGGGAGGAGUUUUACUCAACAGAGUAAUUUUAAAAUACACCAGCGCAUUCACACAGGAGAGAAACCGUAUUACUGCUCAGACUGUGGGAAGAGUUUUAAUCAGCAGAGUACUCUCAAACUGCAUCAGCGCAUUCACACAGGAGAGAAACCGUAUCACUGCUCAGACUGUGGGAAGAGUUUUACUGAACAGAGUCAUCUCAAAAUACACCAGCGCAUUCACACAGGAGUAAGACCGUAUUACUGCUCAGAGUGUGGAAAGAGUUUUAAUCGACAGGGUAAUCUCAAAAAACACCAUCGCAUUCACACAGGAUAGAAACCGUAUCACUGCUCAGACUGUGGGAAGUGUUUUUCUCGACAAUUUCAUCUCCCAUUGCACCAGUGCAUUUAGCAAUGCCUUUUUACAGGUUCAGCAAAAUGAAUCUAUUCCGGAGAUGAUGUUUAUUGAAUUUCGUGUUAUGUUUUCAUGUAUGUUUGAAUACCUACAUUAGUUAAUGCCUACAGAGAUCUCCACCA